AUGUUAUUCGUAUAUUUGCGACGGCACGUAGUUUUGCGUAGUUUUAUUUUAUAUUCAUAUUUAAAAAGAUAUUGCAAUCUAGAUUCAAGAAACAUGCAAGUUUUCACGCAAAAGCGUAACCCUAUAACUGGUAGUACUGAAUGGGAUGUACAACAUGAAGAUUACGACUUUCAUCAAGAAAUCGCGCGAUCAGCUUUCGCCGACAUGCUUCACGAUACUGAGAGAAACAAAAAAUAUUAUCGGGUAUUGCAGUUGGCUAUUGAAAGGAUGCAUAGUUUGGGAAAAAAAGCCAAUGUUCUGGAUAUAGGUACUGGUACGGGUCUCCUUUCUAUAAUGGCAGCCAAAUGCGGUGCUGAUUCAAUUGUUGCUUGUGAAGCAUUUAAGCCUAUGGCGGAAUGUUGUCUCAAGAUCCUGCACCGUAAUGGUGUAGCUGAUAAAAUUACAGUUAUACCUAAGCGUUCUACAGACAUAACUGUGGGAGAAAAUGGAGAUAUGAAAGAGAGAGCAAAUAUCCUUGUUACAGAAGUUUUUGAUACAGAAUUGAUUGGUGAAGGCGCCCUCUCUACAUUUUCCCAUGCACAUAAGCAUCUUCUAGAAGAAGAUUGUAUAGUAGUACCAGAUUCAGCUGUAAUUUAUGUACAAAUAGUUGAAUGUCCAACAUUGCAAAAAUGGAAUAAAUUGAAUGAUUUGGCGGACGAAGACUUGGAUAUAAUUUUGAAAACACCAAAAAAGAUGAAGGAAUGCGCCGGAUCCGCGGCAGUGCAUGACAUUCAGCUCUCCCAGCUGCCCCGUCAAGCGUUCCGUGAGCUCUCCGACCAAAUACCGGUGUUCUACUACGAUUGGUCCGGAAAAACGCCCGUCGACUUCAAGAGGACGGUGAGGCAGCAGUUCAAAGCCACCAACACGGGGAAAGCGCAAAUGGUGUUCAUGUGGUGGGAAUUAAACAUGGACCCCGAAGGGAAAAUCGUGCUCAGCUGCGCCCCCUGGUGGAGCCAUUCCGAGGCGGAUUUGAGCUCGGAGAGGCCCCAGGACACUGUACCGUGGCGCGACCACUGGAUGCAGGCGGUCUACUACCUGCCGCGGGAGAUGUCCCUAGAAAGAGACAAGGAAACCACUCUAAUCUCCUGCCAAGAUGAAUACUCGAUAUGGUUCUACCUGGAGGAUGAAGCGAUCGAGCAAAAAGACUACAAAAGGCCGGUGUGCGAUUGCGGAGUGCACAUGGCCCUGUCUAGGACGCACGUCUCAUACUUGAACGACGGCAGAAGGAGCAAGAGGUUCCUCUCGCAGCUGAAGGAGCAACUGGUCAAGAAUGCCGUGGUCUUAGACCUGAACGGGAGCAGCCUGAUGGGCCUCGCGUCGGCCAAAUUGGGCGCGAGACGCGUCUACAUAUUGGAGGGCGCGAACUUUAACGUGGCGAUCCUGAACGACUACAUAAAGGAGAACGCAAUCGGCAACGUAACAGUUGUGUCCGAAGUCAGCGACGAUGUGCUGGAGGUGGUCACGAAUGUCACCUGCGACCCAAACUUCAGUGCGGCCGUCCUGCCCUGGGAGAACCUGAAAGUGGCCUACCUGCUGUACAGAUACGGAAACAAACUGCGCAGCAUGCUCUCCGUUAUUCCCGAGGGUUUCGAGCUCUGGGCGAUGCCGGUCGAGUUCCAGGACCUGCACAAGAUAAGGAUACCCCUGGACGUCUGCGAGGGUAUCGACAUGACGGUUUUCGACAGUCUCGUCGAGAGCUCGCGCCUGAUAAGCGACGCGGAGAUCGAAGCCCAACCCCUGUGGGAGUAUCCGUGCGUAUCGCGCGGUGCGCCCAGGAGGCUCCUAGAGAUAGAUCUGUGCGCUCUGGCGCCCACCUACGCGACGGACGGCGCCAAUGCUGUCGCGGAUAUAGAAGUGGAGGGGACGCGGCCAGUUAACGGUUUCGCGCUUUGGUCGUGCUGGCGGAUUGGUGGGAAGCCCAUUAGUUCGGGGCCCGUCGAGUGGCCGGCAGUGGGAGAACGGGUCACCUGGGACCCCCAUUCCAGGCAAGCCGUGAAGAUAUUGAAAAAGUCCCAAGAAGUGAGCAGCGCUGACACUUGGAGUUAUCAAGUGGCGUGCGAUUUAGAGAAAGGGCACUUUAAUGUGAAUGUAGACUUGGUGCUCGAACAU